CUGCUCCACACACACUGCUAGACACAGACAGAGAGAGCAGGAGAGAGGUAGAGGUAGAGACAGAGGAAGAGACAGCUGUGGAGUGAGAUACACAGAACUGCAAGGAGAGAGCAAUAGAGAGAUAGAGUUUAACAGAGAGUUAGAGAGACGGAAAAGAGGCACACACAGCACUCCCCCUCCACUCACCCCUCGUCUUACCCUCGACCCUUGUCUCCCUUCUUACGACCACCUGAGGCAGAGACACACAGCUCUACAAGCGCAGGGGGGAGAGGACUGGACACACACUAACACACACUCAUUUUCUCUCUGCUGAAAGAAGACAGGAAUACACACUUUCUUUUUGUUUUCUGUCUCCGCUUCUACUCUCGUUCUUGGACAGGAAAAAAGGAUUCCAGUUUGUUUCUUCAGCACAAAGACUUUUCCUUUAUCCUCCAGAAGUCCUGAGUCACGUUGGGCCUCCUUUCUUUCUCCCUCUGAGAGCUCAGAGCAACAUGGCACAGGGACAAAAGAACCACAGCCACAGCAAGCAGGAGCGGAGGGGACCACUACUCACUAACCCCUUCUCCACCGUGGCACUAUCCCUCUCACUGUCCCUCCUCCUCCUCCUCCUCACCUCCCCCGCCUCGGCCGCUGAUGAAUACGACUACUACAGCUGGCAGUCGGACAACUUCCACAACGGUCGCUUCUACACCAAGGAGCCGCAGUGUGUGGACAUCCCUGCCGAUUUACGCCUCUGCCACAACGUGGGCUACAAGAAGAUGCGCCUGCCCAACCUGCUGGACCACGAGACCAUGCCCGAGGUCAAACAGCAGGCGGGAAGCUGGGUGCCGCUCCUCGCCAAGCGAUGCCAUGCGGAUACACAGGUGUUCCUGUGUUCCCUGUUUGCCCCUGUGUGUCUGGACAGGCCCAUCUACCCGUGUCGUUCGCUGUGUGAGGCCGUGAGGGACAGCUGUGCCCCUGUUAUGGAGACAUACGGGUUUCCCUGGCCGGAGAUGUUGACCUGCGAUAAGUUUCCUAUUGAUAAUGAUCUGUGUAUCCCCAUACAGUUUGCUGGGAACCAGGCCACCCCAGCGCCAGCAUCUAAAGUCUGUCCUCCGUGUGAUAACCAACUGAAAGCUGACAACAUCAUGGAGCAUUACUGUGCCAGCGACUUUGCUAUCAAGAUGAAGAUCAAAGAAGUGAAGAAAGAGAAUGGUGACCGUAAACUCAUCGCCGCUCAGAAGAAGAAGAAGGUGCUCAAGAUGGGUGUCCUGCGUAAAAAGGACUUGAAGAAGCUGACGCUGUACAUAAAGAAUGGAGCAAACUGCCCCUGUGCUCAGCUGGACAACCUUGGCAGUAACUUCCUCAUCAUGGGACGGAAAGUGGACCAGCAGCUGCUGCUUAUGUCCAUCCACAAAUGGGAGAAGAAGAGUACAGAGUUGAAGUUCGCCAUCAAGUACAUGAAGAGUCAGCAGUGUCCCACCUAUCAUACCGUCUUCCAGUGACCUUACUGAUACAACUAUCACAACCCCAGUCUUCCCCAAAUGUCUCCCCCCUCCCCUCUAUCCCUCCAGUCAGUUGUCUCCCCCUCUCCCUCUAUCCUUCCAGUCAGUUGUCUCCCCCUCCCCUCUAUCCC